AUGGUUGGGGGGUGGGGGGGUUUGUGGGGGUUGGUGUGGGUGGGUGGGGGGGGUGUUGUGGGGGGUUGGGGGGGGGUUGUGUGUGGGUUGAGGUGGGGGGGGUGGGGGGGGUGUGGGGGUGUGGGGGGGUGGGUUGGUGGUUUGGGGUGGGGGUUGGGGGUUGUUUUGUGGGUGUUGGUGUUUGGUGGUGGGGGGGGGGGGUGGGGGGUGUUUUUGGUUUUGUUUGUGGGGGUUGAUUGUGUGUGGGUGGUUGGGUGGAGGGGGUUUGUUGGGGGUAUGAGUGUGGUGGGGUGGUUGUGUGUUUUGGUGUGUGUUUGUGUUGAUGUUUGGUUGGGGUUUGGAGGUGGAGUGGGUAGGGGGUUUGGUGUUGGGGGGGGGGAUAGUGUUUUGGUGUUAGGGGGGGUUUUUUUAGUUUUGGUGGUUGUGUUUGUGGUUGGGUAUGUAGGGUGGGGGGGUAAAUGGGGGGUUGGUAUGUUUAGUGUAGAGGAGAAUGGAGGUUUUUGGUGUAUAAUGUGGGGGGGGUUUUUGGUUAAGAUGGGGUGGUGUUGGGGGGGUAUAGUGAUAUUUGUUUGGAGGGGGAUGGGUUGGUUGGUUGGUUGGGUUGGGGGGUUUUUGUGGUUUUGGUGUGGGUGUGUGGGGGGGGGGGGGGGUUGA